UUGUUGUGGAAUUGUAAAUAGACGGAGGAGGAGAACUCUGAUUUCCUUCUGCCUGUCAUGGCGAAUCACUAAAGAUUGUUUUUUUAGGCCGAAUCUUUCCGAAGUGAGCGCUGUUUUCGUCUAAAAACCCGUGAGUGAAGAUAACAGAGCGACAUACUGCGGUGGUUUAGUGUUCUGUGAGGAAAGAAGAGUUGUUAGCUAGCAGCUAAGCUAGCGCUACUUUUUAACACCCUGCGGCGGUGCAUCAGGAUGGGGUGUGUUGGGUGUACGGAGGGCCGACUGAGGGCCGUGACCUUCGCCCUCGGCUUCAUGCUGACUCUCUGUCCUGGACAAGCUUACAUUUACGUCCACCUCAACAACUCGAACGCGGUGCUGCUGGACGAUCUGUCGGCCCUGUUCGGCUCCGCUCUGCCCAGCGACGGCCUGAAGGGGUAUCUGGUGGAGUCUCGCCCUCAGAACGCCUGCACUCCCAUCGACCUGGCUCCGGUCCCCCCGACCUCCUCGGAUCCUAACAGCACCAUGGGAUGCAUCGUUCUGAUCCGCCGCUACGACUGCAACUUCGACAUCAAGGUGCUGCACGCCCAGCAGGCUGGGUACAUCGCUGCCAUCGUCUACAACGUCUUCUCUGACGACCUGCUACACAUGAACUACAGCAAUGAAACUAUAGCGGAUGCGAUCACAAUCCCCUCUGUGUUCACCAGCUACUACGCCUCCAAGGUCUUCCACAGUUUGGUCAUACCAGAGAAAGGGGCGUACGUGAUUCUGAAGGCCGAUUUUAACUUCCCCAUCACCUACUACCUGAUCCCCUUCACUGGAGUGGUGGGUCUGGUCAUCAUCGUCAUGGUUGUGAUACUGGUUGUGCGCUGUGUGCAGUACAGGAAGAGGCAGAGGAAGUACAGACUGACUAAAGAAGAGCUGAAGAAAAUCCCCAUUCACAAAUUCACUAAAGGUGAUACGUACGACGUGUGCGCGAUCUGUCUGGACGAAUAUGAAGAAGGAGAAAAGCUGCGAGUGCUGCCGUGUUCACAUGCCUAUCACUGCAAGUGUGUGGAUCCAUGGCUGACCCAGACCAAGAAAACCUGUCCGGUGUGUAAGCAGCACGUCACGCGCUCCAACCCCGAAUAUUCGGACUCGUCCGACUCCGAGGAAGAGGCGGGUCCUCAGGGGGGCGUCGAGGGAGAGGCCGGGGCUUCGGGCGGGGGGAACUCGGAGCGCACGCCCCUGCUGCACCAGUCACCCCCGUCGUCCGGCACUUACGACUCCACGGUCGCCACGCUGACCACCUCGGCGCAGUGCCUCGCCCACUCGCCACAACAGGAUUCGCCGCUGCUCGAGUCUAAAGGGUACUACUCACCCGACGAGGACACGGAGGAGACCGAGGAGGAGGAGCAGGAGGAGGAGGAGGACGACAGGGAGGACGACACGACACAGCUGAUCACCCGGGGAGCCGUCGGGGUGUGAGCAGUGCAUUAUGGGAGGAUGGAUCGUCCUGAUUGUUUUUUUUUUGGGUUUCUCUUUGUUUUUAUUGAUUAUUUUGGGGCGGUUUGAAUAGAGUAGCGUGCUAGAGGCGAUCGAUGAUGCAGAGAAGGGGUCACCUCAUUAAAACCUCGUUAAUUUCCUCUAAAGAGAAUCAGAUUUGUUUGAAGCGGAUCGAUCGCCUGAUUGAUUAAAUACACUCCCGUAAAAAUCAGAACCUAAAUAAAUAAAAAAACCACUUUUUUUUCCGAUGCUCUGCAGACUCGAUUCUAACGGAUUCGAGCAGAUUUUGAGCUCAGCAGAGUCCGUCUACGUCUGGCCUGCGUCAUUCUAAUGCAUCUCAGUGCAGGCGAAGUUUCUGUCGUAUCGCUUUACACUAUUACAACUCCUGUCAAUCCUCCUGUACAUUAAUAAUUUACAUAAUUAAGUUCUAGACAGAUAUAGUUAGAACUGUAGCUAUAGAAUUGAAGCUAGGUUAUAAACUGACGCCCCGUUGAGGAUAAUUCGGAAUCGUUUGGCUUCUUUUGUGCACGGCGUGGAGAGGAUAGGAUGCGUGUGCUUUAGCAUGGUUAUAUGUUUUUUUUUUUUAUAUAAAUAUAUAUACAUACAUACAUACAUUCAAACGUUUUGUUGUUUUGUUUUGUUAUUUUCGAGGCAUCGCAGGCCACGACGCAGCGAUACUGUGCAAUACGAACCCGCCGCCACUUUGUUCCCGGGUUCCUCUUUUCGAUUUGUGCUUUGAUUCCCGUAGCGGUUAGAACAGCUCCCGGAACUUUCCUCUCCCCGUCUGUUUUGUAUCUCUCUGUUUUCGUUUAGGGGGGUUGGGGGUCACUCGUACCUUAACCGACUGUAUAAAUAUUCGGGGUUUGUUCUGUUUCUCUUGUUCUUCUCAGAUCUUCACUGCAUUGUAUAAAAAUCGGUUUGAACUCGUUUCUCCUGCAUUUCAGCACCGUUCCUUACACACUUCAGUCUAAAUUCAGGGCGGUUGUAGCCUAGUGGUUAGGGUAGUGGGCUAGUAAGCAGAAGGUCGCUGGUUCAAACCCCACCACAACUACCAGGUUGCCACUUUUGGGCCUCCUUGGCCCUUUCUGUCGGGCCCCUUCAGUCGAAAGCGACCAUGAAAUAUCUCAAUUAAGGCAUUAAAGUGAAUGAAAUAGUGAUGGAGUUCUGUGUGUGAGCCUUGCAUCAGACCAUACAUUCUGGAGUGUGUCGAUUUCUCCCAGUUUGGGACUGGGAAGGGGGGCAGGUACAAUAUAAGGCGUAUUUAGUAUCUGGAUGCAUUUGGCGUCUACACACCCUUCGUCCAGUAGCAUUCGGAUAUCCGGACCUUAUGGACAGUGGUAGCCUAGUUGGUAAGAGAUCUGGACUAUCAAUUAAAAGGUUAAGAGUUUGAAUCCCAGCUCUGCCAUGCAGCCACUGUUGGGCCCUUGAGCAAGGCCCUUAACCCUCUUUUCUCAGGGGCCAAACAAGCUGGGAUAUGCGAAGAAAGAAUUUUAUUGUACUGUAAGGCGUUCUAUUCAAUUCUACACACCAAUCCGCACUGAUACUGAUGCUGAACGCUACCACUGCACCAGUAGUAAUAGUGAUAGAGUAGCUGCGAUCAGGGUGUGCAAACAGCAGUACUGGAAUGCAGGGUGUUUGUAUUUAAUAAGGAACAAUGUCUGAUGUCUUUAGGUCUAUUUAAACACACUUGUUCUAUUCCGGAUUGUGCUUGAUUUAACUGUGUGUGUGUGUGUGUGUGUGUGAAAUCAUCUGAAAACUGAAACUAGACGACGGCGAUGAUUCUGUUCGUCUUUCACCUCUAAUUUUUUGUAUUUAAUAUUUUAAUAACACUAUAAUCCAGUCUUUUACGAUUAGGGACCAGUGACGUUUCAGCUUUUGACCCUCGGUAACGUACCGGCGCUCACAUUAACUGUCGCAUUUUUACUUUCGUGCCAUGAAAUGGAUUUAAUUUGUUUAUAGCGCUGAGCUGAAGCCUGGAUUCACUCAGAUCUUCAACAGAACGUCCUGCAGGACAUCAGAGAAAUAAAAACACCUCCUGGAUUUUACUGAAACUUUAAUCGUUUAUUUUCUGCUGCUGUUUAGACUUUAAUACUUUAUAACGUUCGACUGAUUCCAGUUUUCGCAGCGACUCUGAACUGCUUUAACCAAAAAGAAGAGACGCGCCGUGUUCUUCACCUGCUCUGUGUUUAAGGUUUUGAUCAAAUAUAUUCAUUUUAACGUUUAACAUUGUGUUUGGAAAUGAAUUGACAGGAUUUUGAUUAAUUAAACUCCACUUGAAAACUGUAAGGUCGUUAAAAACCGCCUUGUUUUUCAGGCAGUUUUCAGUUUGUUUUUAAGCAUUUUUGCCCAAAGCUGCAGUUUUGUCUGUUGUUUUGUUUUUUCUUAUUAAAUAAGUUCCCAUAAUCAGUAACAAGUUCCAGAACAACAUGUUCUUAUUAUUUUAUAUAUUAUUAUUUAUUUUUAUUGUUUUCUUCCAAUACACUAAAUGGACAAAAGUAUUGGGACACCCUUUCUUUUUUUUCUAUUUUAUUAAUGCGAUUUUCUCCCAAUUUAUCAUGGUCAGUUUGUCUUCUGCUGCUGGUGGAUCCCUGGUUGCAGGUGAGGAGGGUAUAUCGCUGCUCACGCCUCCUCUGACCCACACGCAGCCCUUAGUGGAACCCUUUUCCACCCAUGCAUUCUGCACAGGCGCCUCUAUCUGCUAAUUAGGGUCCUUAUACAGCGUUUGAAGACCCCACUCACAUAGUCCGGUCUGUGACAGAGACUGCCAAUUAUGCCCACUAGAUGGCGCCCAGCUGAUCAGUGGCAACACCGAUGUUCGAACCGAGGAGUUCAGAGUCUCGGUGCUGGUGUGCUAGCGGAAUAUCCCACUGCGCCCCCUUGGCACCAGGAUGCCCUUUCUGAUUACUGAAUUACUGUUUCAGUCACUAACAGGUAAUAAAUCAGUCAUAUAAGAGAAAUGAUAUGCUUCUGACUUUGCAGCAACAGUUUGGGGAAGGUCCUGUACUGUUGAAGCACAACAUGAAGAAAAGCUCCAGUGUCCUGCAUUGAGCCCUGAGCUUAAUCCAACUCAACAGCUCUGGGAUGAACCGGAACAUCAACUGAGCUUCAGUACCCAGCCAUACAAAUACUGUCAUCUUUUGAUUGAUUGAUUGUGCACAAAUUCCCACAGACACACUUUAAAUUCCUGUGACGAGUCUUUUAUUAGGAGUUGGUUUUGGGACGUCCAAAUACUUUUGGUCACGUAGUGUAGUGUAGAUUUUUUUAGGUUUGAUUCUUCACUCACUGUGGGUUUUAUUAGCGUCUAAUAACUUUAUCAGUAAAUUUCCUUACAUUUACAUUUUAAAUGUUUCAUGUUUACAGAUUAAAUCACUUAAUAAAUAAAUAAAACCUGAAA